GUCCAAUUCCAACCCUCCAAUCCAAUCCAUCUCGUCCCUUCUUUUUCUUGCUUCCCCCUCCUCUUCCUAUUACUUCCGGUACUUUGUCUUGCCUUCCCCAGUCAAAGCCCAGGAUUGAUCGCGUGGCUCAUUUCUGAGGCAUAUUCCCCCUUUGCCUUUCCCCAGACUCCGGGCUCUUCCUACCUACCGUCCCCCCAUUGUUCCUUAUUACAUUAUCGCCCGCACCGACCACCUACUACCACCACACCAGUACCACCUCGAAUUCCACCGCCAUCGUCGUCCAUCCUCUUCCUUCCCUUUUUCCUCUCCACCUCUGAGACUCCUCGAACCAUCCCUCGAUCGAGUUCUCCCCCGUGGAGGGACUGCGCGCAAUGAGUACCACCACCGAAUCUCGCACCGAACCGCCUGCGCCCAACCCGACGAGUCCGGCACCUAGUGCAACGGGUUCGACAGGCACAUCCGGAAUCACGGUGCGCAAUGGCCCUGGGGGUCAGCCGCUCAGCUUUAGAAGACAACGUGCUUCCCGCGCGUGCGAGACCUGUCACUCUCGCAAGGUUCGCUGUGAUGCAGCCAGUCUAGGAGUUCCAUGCACCAACUGCGUCGCCUUCUCCAUCGAAUGCAAGAUCCCCACCCCCAAACGCAAGAAGAACUCCUCCAAGGCCAAGGAUGACAGUCGGUAUGGCGAUAGUCCACCACCCCACAACAGCGCCUCCUCGCUGGUCGACGCGGCGGUGGCUCAAUUUCGACCCGACAACCCGGACGACCCUCUCAACCAGGAUUCGUCGGACAGAAAAACCCGCGAGUCGAGCUCGGAAGAUCGGGAAGAUUCCUCCUUUGGAUAUCGCAAAGACCGGAUGGCCAAUUCCGGAAUGCCCAUCACCUCACUGACGGAGUCGGAGGCUGCCCAGCAGGCCUCUACCGACAACGCCUACGCUCAAUUCAUGAAGCCCAAGUUCGCUCGUGCUCCGAUCAAGGAAGCUGGCCGGGUGGCAUAUCUGGGUGAAUCCUCCAACUUGUCACUUCUGGUCCAAGAUCGUCAUGGCACCACCGAUGUCGUGCAUUAUCCUCUGCCCCCGAACAUUCGUGGGUCGCGGGCGCGGUUGACUGACUUGGACAAUCUCGAGAUCGAUAUACUUCAUCAACGGGGUGCAUUCCUACUGCCCCCGAAGCCGUUGUGUGAUGAACUGGUCGAUGCUUACUUCAAAUGGGUGGCCCCCAUCGUUCCGAUCAUCAACCGCAGCCGGUUCAUGCGCCACUACCGUGACCCCAAAAACCCGCCGUCACUGCUUCUCUUGCAGGCUAUUCUCCUGGCUGGCUCGAGGGUGUGCACGAACCCACAGCUCAUGGACGCCAACGGCUCGACGACUCCAGCAGCGAUGACUUUCUACAAGCGGGCCAAGGCGCUGUACGAUGCCAACUACGAAGACGAUCGGGUCACCAUUGUUCAGGCCUUGGUGCUUCUGGGUUGGUAUUGGGAGGGACCCGAAGACGUCACGAAGAACGUCUUCUACUGGACCCGGGUGGCGAUGGUCGUUGCCCAGGGUUCGGGUAUGCAUCGCAGUGUCGAGACCUCGCAACUCAACAAACCCGACAAGCGACUAUGGAAGCGAAUCUGGUGGACGCUCUUCACACGCGACCGAUCAGUCGCCGUAGCUCUCGGACGCCCGAUCGGGAUCAAUACCGAUGAUUCCGACGUCGAGAUGGUGACUGAGGAUGACUUCAUCGAGGAUGAGCUGGACAUUCCGGCAGAAUACCCGCCGGAGCCGGUGCAUGUACAAUUCUUCCUGCAAUACGUGAAGCUUUGUGAGAUCAUGGGUCUCGUGUUGUCACAACAAUACUCUGUGGCUUCCAAGUCACGGCGCAUGAAUGCGAUGGACCUCACGCAUUCAGACAUGGCGUUGGCCGACUGGCUGCAGAACUGCCCCAAGGAAGUCUGCUGGCAGCGAUCCCGCCAUCACUUCUGGGCGGCUCUUCUCCAUUCUAACUACUAUACCACCCUCUGUCUGUUACAUCGAGCCCACAUGCCACCUGCCUCUUCGGCACCAAAUAGCUAUCGGGUGGAAGAGAUGGCAUAUCCAUCACGAACAAUUGCCUUCCAGGCGGCCGGCAUGAUGACUUCUAUCAUCGAGGGCCUUCAGGCCCACAACGAGAUUCGCUAUACCCCUGCGUUCAUUGUCUACAGCUUGUUCUCCGCCCUGAUUAUGCACGUCUAUCAGAUGCGUUCCUCAGUCCCAUCGAUUGUCGCGACCUGUCAAGAACGCAUCAAUGUGUGUAUGUCGGCCUUGAAGGACGUCUCAAAGGUCUGGCUUGUGGCCAAGAUGGUCAACACUUUGUUUGAAUCCAUCCUAGGUAACAAGGUCCUUGAAGAACGACUGCAGAAGGCGGCUGGAAAGCGUCACCAACGGCGCCCCCAUGACAGCGCGGCCCCUGCAAAGGCGACUAGGCCAGACCCUCCGAAGCGCAAGUUCGACGACAUGGAUCUGGGUCUGCCUAACGGUGGCCCCACGCCCCCAGUCUCGUACGAACGGUCACGCCCACAGACUCCAGCCGUGACGCCGUCGCGUGAAUUGAACCAACCUCCUCUGGGCCACGUAUCACCGAAUCAUCGUCAAGAACCAAUCGCUGGACCCUCUCGAGGAAAUACUCGGCCGACUACGCCUUUCAACGCGCAGUUCUCUCUGCCGGCUACGCCGCCCGACUUCUUCCUGGUGACCCGUAAUUCCCCCAAUCUCUCGCCAUCACUGUGGGAGAAUUUCCAACCGGACCAGCUGUUCCCCGACGGAACGGCCAUCUUCCCCGAGCUGACUUCCCCACCUCCACCCGCGACGGUCGAUCCGCAAUUGCACAUCCCAUCUCAACUGCAUGCCCCCAAUAUGGGCCAGCGACCCAUGAUGGGAACCCCACAGCAGCCGGUACCUGGACGCAGCAUGUCUGUCUCCCAGGGUAGCCCACAGAUGAUGUCAGGUGUCCCCGGUGCUAUGGCAAUGGGACCUGGAGGACCUCAGCAGAUGUUUGGCAUGGAGGGUCAACCGUGGCCUAUGCAGGGACUGGAUGGGACGAUGACCGGUGCGGCGCUGGACGCUGCCAGCCAGGACGACAACUGGAGCAGCAGCUCGCGUAGCGGACCGACUGCUCCAACGACCUUGAACGUGGAAGACUGGUUCCAAUUCUUCGGCAUCAACGGGGGCUUUGGCGAUCUGGCGGCAUAAAAAGAGGGUCCGGUCCUGGCGGCGCAAUGUCUUAUCCUAAUGUAAUGCAAGUACGGUUACUGGAAUAUUGGUAUAUAGUGUGUUCUUCUUAUCUUGUCUUUUUUUUACUGGAGUUCAGUCUCUCCAUCUCUGGCUGGCGUUGUGAUGGCAGUUGGGUCGGAGUGUUUUAGCUAGGACAUGGUUAUUUUUUGUAUUGGAUAUUUGGGCCCAAUGGCUAUCAGGAAAAUGACACAUUACUCUGCUUUUCUG